AUGGAAAUCACCAUCAACCAGAAGAAAAACUCCAACAGCAUGAAGAAGCUGUUUAAAAAAUUAUUCAAAUCCAACAAAACUACCGACUCAAUAGAAUCCUUGGAAAAUAGCCGCAAUGCCAGUCUGGAAUCAUCAUCAGAUUGCAGCUCAAUGGAAUCCUAUGACAACGACAUCAAUGAAUCCUAUGAAAAGGAGGAGGAAUUUGAUUACCCCAUCACAACAGUACCUGUUCACUUUGUACGCACCGAACAGGGUACCUUCUUUUGGACCUCAGCUGCUGACCUCGUUCCUGUUCAUAUGCAAGAUCGUUGGGCCCAAGCUUAA